AUGAGCUUGCUGUAUAGUGAUAACAGUUGUGGAGCCCGAGACUUGGAAAGUGGCUGCUUUGCAGCCAUGGCCAGUGCCUGCAGCGUUGGAGCAAAAGAAGACAGUGUAAGUGUCAGCAGUGGGACUGGAAACCCUCCAAGUUCUUUCACAGAGGAAACACAAGGAUAUGAUGUGGAGUUUGAUCCGCCCUUGGAAAGUAAAUAUGAAUGUCCAAUCUGUUUGAUGGCUCUUCGGGAAGCAGUGCAGACACCAUGUGGACACCGCUUCUGCAAAGGCUGCAUUGUCAAAUCAAUAAGAGAUGCAGGUCACAAAUGUCCAGUAGACAAUGAAAUUCUGCUCGAAAAUCAACUUUUCCCUGACAACUUCGCUAAACGGGAAAUCCUUUCAUUAAUGGUUAAAUGUCCCAACAAGGGCUGCAGUAUGAAGAUGGAGCUGAGGCAUUUAGAGGACCACCAGCUGCAGUGUGAUUUUUGCACUGUGGAAUGCCCACAGUGCCAAGGAGCCUUCCAGAAGAACCAUCUGAAAGAGCACAUGACACAGGAGUGUCCGAGGCGUCAAGUCCGUUGUCCAAACUGUGCCACUUCUAUGGCCUAUGAAGAUAAAGAGCUUCAUGACCAAACCUGCCCACUCGCCAAUGUAUUUUGUGAAUAUUGCAACACAGUGCUCAUCAGAGAGCAGAUGCCUAACCAUUAUGACAAUGAUUGUCCCACUGCCCCGGUGCCAUGUUUUUACAGUGCCUUUGGGUGUCCUGAAAAGAUGCAAAGGAAUGAACUGGCACGACAUAUGCAGGAGUUCACUCAGGUUCACAUGAGAAUGAUGGCUCAGAGUUUGCAAAAUAUCAGUGUUACUGCUACAAAUCCUGUACCCUUCAUCAAUGGCCUACCCUUUGAGCCUGCCCUCUUCUCACACGUGUCACAUGCCGCAUAUGAUUGUAAUCCAGAAGUUGAAAAUUUCAAAGAAACUAUUCAGCAGUUGGAAGGUCGUCUGGUAAGACAAGAUCACCAAAUCAGAGAACUCAUUGCUAAAAUGGAGACUCAGAACACUCACAUGGCAGAACUCAAACGUACUAUCCGGAAUUUGGAGGGAAAGAUUACUGAAAUGGAGGCACAGCAAUGUAAUGGUAUUUAUAUCUGGAAGAUUGAGAACUUCAGUGGACUUCAGAAAGCCCAAGAAGAAGAGAGACCUGUUGUGAUGCACAGUCCUGGCUUCUAUACUGGAAAGCCUGGCUACAAGCUGUGUUUGCGCCUGCAUAUCCAAUUACCAAAUGCUCAGCGUUGUGCUAAUUUUAUAUCUCUGUUUGUCCACACUAUGCAAGGAGAAUAUGACAGCCAUCUGCCUUGGCCUUUCCAAGGCACUAUACGACUUUCUAUUUUGGAUCAAUCAGAAGGCCCUGAAAGGCAGAAUCAUGAAGAAGUAAUGGAAGCCAAGCCAGAGUUACUAGCCUUCCAGAGACCAACAAUUCACCGUAAUCCAAAAGGUUUUGGUUAUGUGACUUUCAUGCACCUGCAAACCUUGAAACAAAGAACCUUCGUAAAGGAUGAUACCCUUCUGGUGCGCUGUGAAGUCCUAACGCGUCUAGAUUUAAACAGUCUCCGCAGAGAAGGAUUUCAAGCUCGCAGUACUGAUGGAGCUAUGUAG